GUGAAACACAUGAAGCAGUCAACUCUCCAGAGUUUAUCAGAUCUUGAGGUUUGCCAAAGUGAUGAGGAAGAUGUUGUCAGAACAAUCAUGGAGAGUCAGACCUACAAAGGGGUCAAACUUACCCAGAAAGGGAUUUCACCAAAUAGCUAUCAAAAUGCUCUAGCAAACUCAGUAUCUGAAGAAAUCUCUGCAAGAUUGUCUAAUGAUGAUGAUUUGUUAGAAGCAUCACAGAUAGUAAAUUUCAAAAUCUGGCCUAGUCAUGACGACCGGAAGGCUAUACAGGGGUUUGGUCGGAAUCACAUCACUGAGCUGUCCAAGCGUUUUCCUGCAAUAGAUGAGGAAGCAGUGAAAGUAGAGUUUCAACUCCUGAAGAAUCUGCUGUAUUCAAGGUAUGGUGCCCAAAUUAAAGAGCUGCAUUGGGAAGAUGCCGCUAGUGUUUUAAAUGGCCAUGGGGUUGAUCAGGCUUUAGAUAUGGUUGACUUGAUUCUGAGCCUCCCACCUACUUCAGUAUUCAACGAGAGAUCUUUCUCACACAUGAAACUGAUGAAGACAGACAGGAGAUGCCGUCUGAAGAGCAGCACCAUGUCAGACUUGUGUUUGGUAAAAUUGGAAUCUGCACCUGUGGCAUCAUUUGACCCAACAUCAGCAAUAGAUCUUUGGGCUACCUCAUCUUCCAGACCCAGGCGUCCGAACUUCAUGAGAAAGAAGACAAAGGCAUCAACAACCGUUGAUGAGGUGUCAACUGAUGUGGACGUACCUCUGGAUGGAGCUAGAUCUAUUGACACUGACAGUCUUUCCGAUGAUGAGAGUGACGAUGAUGAGGAUGAUGAUGAUGUUGAUGAUGAUGAAAACUUCGAAAAUAAUGAAAAUAACAUUGCAAAAUAUUGUAAAGAACUCUCAGAGUCAGAUGUCAUGGAAUAAAAGUUUGAAACCUGGACUACUGAUUUGUUUACAAUCUUAACCCCCCAAUUGCAAUCUAUAUGGAACUUUAAAUAACGACUGUUGUUGAAUCGUCCUUUCAUGAUAAUGUCACUGUAAUGAAUUCAUUUUUGUC